UUUCCCGGUUCACACCCUCGACGCUGUUGGCUGUUCUGGGCCCUUCCCCCGUGCGACCAGGGCGUCCACGCAUAAUUAAGCCUGCGUCGCGAGGCACACCUUCUCAGUGUGCAGAUACGCCAUGCCAGAUCUAACAUCGGGGCUGCAACAUGCAAGCAGCCGUUUCCAGGACUGCCUCGAUCUACAGCCUUUCGGAGGCUCUGAAACCUGCCUGGCGGCCAUCUUGUCUGCGUGCCCGUGCAGAAAACACCUCAGAUCCGAAUACAAGUGUCCUCCUACCACCCUUCCAGCGCUGCUUGCUUCCCCACGUCGUGAUGUGCUGGCGCCGCCGCACUCCGCUUGGUUCUUCCGCUGCGGCGACCCCUGCACCACGGUACGGCCGGCAUGCGACGGACCGACCAUGGUCGCCAACCCAAAAUCAGCUGGACCCCGGGGGUCCCCAGAAGAGCAGCCCCCUUCCAAAGUCGCCCCAGGUGAUGUUCGGUUUCAACUGAGCAUUGAUGGAUGGGAGGCCCAAUGGGGCUGCCUGCCUCAGUCAGUGGCCGCCGACAGCACUGCAUUCUUGGUCAGCCCCCUACUCCUUUGACAUCACCCGUGUUCCAAGACUGUACCCGAGACGGGGUCUGUCUUUGAUGCAAAGAACAAAGGCUGUGACUUGCUUAUUCUU